AUGGCUGUCCACGCGGCCGCAACGGCCAUCAACACCCAGGAGAUCACUGACAAGGCGCGGAGGGAGCUCUUGCAUCACCUGGAAGCUGUCCGUGGCAAGAAGAACCUGGUCAUUGAGAAGUCUUUAGCUGGCACCGUUGGCCUCAUCGUCAAGUUCAGCACGCUCCAAGAGUAUGGCGUGGACAAGCCGUUCUUCCUCGAGAACCACAACAUCGACUCCAGCCAGCGAAACAUCAUCUUCAUGGUCCGUGGAGAGGAUGCAAAGAAGAUACGCAUGCUAGCAGAACAGAUCAAGCUUGUUCGGAGUCAAAGCCAGACCGACCACGACUUCACCAUCAUCUGGGUACCACGGCGGACACUAGUCAGCAACCUGAUACUCGAAGAACAUGGUGUGCUGGGAGAAGCAAACAUCACCGAGCUUGCGCUCCACUUUGUUCCUCUGGAGCCGGAUCUUCUGUCGCUCGAGCUCGACGAUGCCUUCAGCCAGCUGUGUCUAAGGAAGGACCCGACAAGCCUCUUCGCAUCUGCGAAGGCAUUGAUGCUGCUGCAAAAGCAGUAUGGCCUGUUUCCACGUAUCCUGGGCAAAGGUGACAACGCAAAGAGACUGGCUGAUCUGCUGCAACGAAUGCGCAAUGAAGAAGACGUCAAUGCCGCUGUAGAUCCAAACAGCGCAUACCUCACAUCCUUUGGCCUCACCCCAAGUCAUCUGAUUGAGAACUUGAUCAUCAUCGACCGCGAUGUGGACUUUCCCACAGUGCUGUCAACGCAGCUGACCUACGAAGGCCUACUGGAUGAAGCAUUUGGUAUCACCAACAACACCACCGAAGUCGACUCUUCCAUCCUCGGCGGUGCACCGCCAACACAAUCACAGUCACAAACCAAUGGCUCGACACCAACGCCGACUGCUGCAACCAAACGGAAAGUCGUUCUAGAUGGCACAGAUAAGCUAUAUCCCGAUCUGCGGGAUGCCAAUUUCGCUACAGUCGGUCCAAUGCUCAACCGCACAGCUCGCCGCCUAGCGUCCGACAACGAAACCAUGCACAACAAGGACCAAACAGUAGCAGACCUGAAGAACGUGGUCGCGAAACUGCCAUCCUAUCAGGCUGAAUCGGCCAGUCUUAAGAUCCACACCAGUCUAGCAGAGGAGCUCAUGAGAGUGACCCGCAGCGAGAGCUUCGGGCGCAUGCUGGAAGUGCAGCAGAAUCUCCUCGCGGGUACAGACCCCACGACUGUGCACGAGAACAUUGAAGAACUGAUCGCCCGUGACACGCCACUAACCACUGUCCUGCGCCUCCUAUGUUUAGAGUCCUGCCUCUCCAAUGGCAUCCGGCAACGAGAUCUGGACCACUUCAAACGUCACAUCCUCCAAGCCUAUGGAUACCAACAUGCUCUGACCCUCACCUCCCUCGGGAAGAUGAACUUGCUACUGCCCAAGGAGUCACACCGAGGCUACCUCAACCCGAUCGCCGGCGCAGCCGGCCAAACAGCCACCGACUGGAACGGCUCGCGCAAGGCACUCUCACUUUGGAUUGACGAAGUGAAAGAAUCAGACCCGGAGGAUGUUGCUUACGUCUUCUCUGGCUAUGCCCCUCUGAGCGUGAGGCUUGUGCAAUGCAUCUUGCAGAAGAUAUACCUGCACAAUAUAUCCAACCCCAAAAACGCCACCUCCAACUCUGCAACACCCGGGACGUCCGGCACAGGCUGGAAACAUUUCGAAGACGCCAUCUCCCGAAUUCGAGGUGCGACGGUCGACAUCACUCAGAAAGGCAGCGACGCAGACGCAUCUCACGCCCGUAAGACUUUGCGUGGGAUUAAGGAAGGGCCGAAGGUCAGCGUUGUGUUCUUCCUGGGUGGCGUGACGUAUGCAGAAAUAGCGGCUUUAAGAUUUGUUAGCCAGCAGCUUGAGGAGAGUAGUGGAAGGAAGUUGGUGAUUGGGACGACGGGUAUCAUCAACGGCAAGAGAGCGGUCGAUGUGGCGGUUGAGAAGAGAGCUUUCGGUGGGGAGGGAUAA